AUGUAUUUGAUUGAAGUUCCAGAUGAACAUGAACAACAGUUUGAUGAAGAUGAAGAGCUAAAACAACUUCUCAGUGGGGUUAUAUGCUUCAAACUGUAUCCUUUCUCAAGUGACACGUCAGGUGCAGGAAGGAAAAUAAUCCUGUCUGGUUCCUUUAAUCCUUUGCAUGAUGGUCACCUUAAGCUCUUGGAAAUUGCAACUAGCAUUUGUGGCAGUGGUUAUCCAUGCUUUGAGUUGUCAGCUGUCAAUGCAGACAAAUCUCCAUUGGAAAUAGCUCAUAUCAAAGAUCGUGUAAAGCAAUUUGAAAAAGUUGGAAAGACGGUCAUAGUGUCUAAUCAGCCAUACUUUUACAAGAAAGCAGAACUUUUUCCAGGCAGUGCUUUUGUCAUUGGUGCAGACACAGUUGCAAGACUUGUACAUCCAAAGUACUAUGGUGAUGACUAUGGAAAGAUGUUGGAGAUACUUCUGGGAUGUAAAAACACAGGUUGUACUUUCCUAGUUGGUGGUCGAAAUGUUAAUGGAACUUUCAAGGUUCUUGAGGAUUUUGACAUUCCAGCAGAGCUAAAAGACAUGUUUGUGCCUAUACCAGUUGAGAAAUUCCGUAUGGAUAUAUCAUCCACCGAAAUUCGGAAGAGUCAAGGGUCCUUGUAAGCUAUUUGCAUCGUUUUCACUCAACCUAUCUGCGUUCCAUUUUUCAUUGUUUGCUCUUCCCAGUCUCAGCAGAACCGAACGUGAGGAAUUUUUAGACUCUGAUAUGAGUUUUCUUUCUAACAUUUGUAUAUAUAUAUGAAUAAAUGCUUUGUUUUAAAGUAUUAUUAUGCCUUUUAACCAAACUUCAGCGUCUGUCAACUUUAUACACGAAUCGUUGACUUUUAAGCUAUUCCUUACAUACUCACAAAAAUAGCUACUGAGAAUUGUA